CAUCAAAAUCUUUUAAAAAAAAUAUGGGAUUUUAGUUUUCAGUUCACAGCAGCCAUGACCAACUUCAAGCAAGCUCGGCUCUUAGCGUUUCUUUGCUGUUUUUUCAUCGUAUUUCCUUCCAUUGUACGAGGAGAUGACAACUGCACGUGCGAAGAAGAAACUGAUGAAUCCAAUAAAAAGUCUUUAGCUCUUAGAUACAAGAUCAUUGCUAUAGCUUCAAUUCUUGUUGCUGGAUCUAUUGGCGUUUGCGUUCCCCUUCUUGGGAAAACCAUCAAUGCUUUACGUCCCGAGAAGAACGUUUUCUUCCUAAUCAAAGCAUUUGCUGCCGGUGUGAUAUUGUCUACCGGGUUCAUCCAUGUUCUUCCCGAUGCUACUGAGAAAUUGACAUGCCAUUGCCUCGACGAACGUCCUUGGAGAAAGUUCCCGUUCGCCGGAUUAGUGGCGAUGACGUUUGCGAUCGCUACAUUGAUCGUCGAUGUUUACGCUACUUCUCAUUACACCAAGUCUCACCUUAAGAAUCAAACACCACAGGUUGAUGGUGGUGAUGAAGAGAAAACCGAGGAACAUGAUGAUGGAAAUUUCGUGCAUGUUCAUACUCAUGUUUCGUCUGAGCUUCUUCGUUAUCGAGUAAUAUCUCAGGUUUUGGAGUUGGGGAUAGUGGUGCAUUCGGUGAUAAUAGGAGUAUCUUUGGGAGCUUCAAAAAAUCCAAAUACUAUAAAGCCAUUGGUGGGUGCACUAAGCUUCCAUCAGUUCUUUGAAGGCAUGGGACUGGGUGGAAGCAUUUCCCAGGCACAAUUCAAGCUUGGUGGGGUUGCAAUUAUGGCACUCUUUUUCUCUCUCACAACCCCAUUUGGAAUCGCUGUAGGAAUAAUUAUAUCGAAAGGGUACAAUGACAGCAGCCCCAAGGCUCUUAUCGUCGAAGGGGUUUUCAACGCCGCAUCGGCGGGGAUUUUAAUAUACACGGCGCUUGUGGAUCUGCUCGCAGCUGAUUUCAUGAACCCUAAGUUGCAAAACAACGCAACACUUCAGGCGGGAGCUACUGUCUCUCUUCUUCUUGGAGCUGCCUUCAUGUCUCUCAUGGCUGUUUGGGCUUAAAAGCUUGGAGUCAUCCAAAUCUGUUGCCUUCUUAUCAUUUCCGAAUAAUAUAACUGUCUUUAUAUUGUAAAUAGCAAAUACGAUGUCGGGAGAUUUACUAUAAUGUAAGCACCAUUGACCAUUUGGAUCAGCUUAGCACAAAUACUUCACCACUUAGUUUUUUCUUAAAAC